CUUGACGUACGAAGAUGCCUUUCACACUUGGUCAGUCCAUGCUCCGAGUUCUCUCUCACCAUACCGCUUCUAUAGGCAGCUUGCGAAGAUGGAUGCAUUAUAUUCUGCUAAUCUGGCGAUCGCUUCGGCGUCUGUUGUCUAGGCUCGUUGGCCAGUCGCGGGACAAUGGGACAGACACCGCAUUUCAACGUCUCGGGACCCAUAGCAGAGACGGCCACCAGCGAUGCGCAACCUCACAGACUGUUCAUCGCGUAUUAGUCGGUUUUCCGACUUGCGACGAACAUCCAUCCAACAUUUACGCGAGUGAAGUACCCGUGCUUCCGUACUCCCUUCCCUCACCCCAGCCCGGCUCUUCGUCAGCACCGAACUCCCCGCCAUCUUCCAGAGCUCUCCAGCAUGCUUCUCCUCACAAUUACCUCCGCUGGAUGUCGCAACAUCUGAGUAUAUGGAAACGGAACCUCGCGACUUCAUUGCCGCCUAUACUGCCGGAAUUCCGUGGCCGGAUCGAAAACACCGGCGAUCAGCUUCGAGCGCUCGCAUUAAUCCAUCCGAGGCCUCAUCGUAAUGCCACAGGGAGCCUUCAAGGCGGGCAGCUGCAGCCCGCAGGACAGGAGACUUUGGUUCCUGGCUCAGCCCUCCGCGCAAACUCAGUCUUCGGCAAGUCGCCUUCGACGCCAGUCUCGACUCCGGCAAUGCCUCAAGGGUUAUCUGGAAACGCGACUGAGCAUAUAGAUGAGGUUGUGACAAGUCCAACGACAGAGCCUGACUAUGUCAGUGUGAUCGAAAGCAUCGGAACUCGUCCCAUGUUGCCUGCCCACAGAUACACCAGCGAUCACACUAUAUCGCCGAAUGAAAACGCUUUCAACUAUACUAUCAAGCCUUUGGAGAGGUCCUAUCCGCUAGGAGAGCUUCCGGAGAACUGGACAGCUUGUGUUCACCCCGAGGGUGUUCUCUAUUUCUUUGAGACCGAACAGAGAAUCAUAACAGAAGCAGACAUUCGUGUUUCAGCAACACUCUCGCUCGUUCAGGAAUGCUCUGAGACGCUGCGCGGAAAAUCGCAGCAAGGUGACUCGGAGCUGCCACCUAACUGUGACGUUGUGAUCACAUUGGAUACGAUUACUGAAGAAGGAGCGGUUCUUCGUGUGUGCAGCUACUAUUUUGUCGAUCAUGCGGCGAAGAUGUUGUUUUGGAUCGACGACUUCGAGAUCACUGAAGCAUUGCCCGGUCUGAAGAUUGUUCAGUCUACAUCUCACUUGAAAUAUGCCAUGGAAGGCUACUACUGGCUGCAUUGUGAUAUGUUUCCGCACGAUGUGGAGAUAUCAGUAGACGUCUUGAAUGAGGCGCAGCGCGUGAUCCUGCACGCAAUUGUCGAUCGUGUGACUGUGUCAAACUCCACCAUCGUGUAUGAGAAGGAGGAACUGCAGCAGCUAUUGUCGGUAAUCACAACUAUCAAAUCUGCAACCACAGAACGCGUACGCAAUGCGCAGAUUGCAUGCAUAGUUGGGCGCAUCAUGCAUGGGUUUGCUCUUUCCAGGUUCCUGAAUCAUCAUGGCCAGAAAGUCGUCCGCCUCCGCAGAAACCAAAGCAUCUUACCUAACGCAAGACUGCACAGGACGCUGCUCAUGAAUAUCAUAUCACCUUUGCUGCUCAGGGCCCCAGCAGAGCAUAUGCAUGCAUUGCGCGACUUGCUGAUUGACGGCAGGAUGAGCUUCACACUGUUUGGCCGCUUCAUAAAUAAGCUACAGACGGAUUGGCAGGAAGAUGUGCUUUACGCGACAGUCCUCAUAAAUGCGAACAUAUCAUUCAUGACCAUCAACGAAGUCGACUCCGGCGUGGGGCCGCGCACGCCAGCACAGAUAGCGUCUCUUGUGUCAACGGCAGCUAGUAUUGGCAGCGUCCUUGCUGGUCUUCUACUCAUGCGCAGUUACCGUCUCACAUCGACGGAGGACGCAAAUCGUCACCUGGUAGACCAGCAUGCAGAAAAAGCAUUCAACUACUUGGCGAGCGGGUCUAGGGAACUGGCCUUGGACACUUUGGCAAUAACGUACAGUUUGCCAUACGCCCUUCUGAUGUACGGGAUGCUCGCCUUCCUAGUCGCAUUUGCGUUCGAAUGCUUCAUCAAGCCUGACGAUCAGUCAAGGUAUGCCAGUACAGGGGUGUGGGCGUUUGCCGCGAUCUUCGUAAUGUGGUGCCUUUACAUGGUGUUCGAGCCGAGGGAGUGGUUAGCGGGACAGUGGGUCUUAAAGGCCUGGGAUAAGAUGCAAAAGCGUUACGGGCGACGAUCAGAUAGACCCUAUGAACGGGAAUUGGUCUGAAUUAUUUGAAGAUCUAUUUACGAACUCGAUGCCGGAUGUAUCGAUGCAUCCCUGGUGACGCAUUACCGCUGAAACGUGCAGGGUCGGACGAUAUGCACACGAGAUGGUCACGGUUCCCUAAUGAGUUUGUCUCCCCUAGGCAGACCUAUAAAAUCGUAUGAGGAAGCGACGACAUACUAU